AUGGAGCUGCUACAUCUACCAGAGCUCGAGGAGAGAACGCUGGCUCGAUUCGACGAGCUUGCAAGGAAGGAAAAGAUCUUCUACGAGGAAGCUGUCUCGGAGCUGGUUAGAAUCAAUGGCCUCAAUUUCCAAUUCAUUAUCGCAGGUAUACUCAAGAGGAAACCAAUCCUUCCCGCCAACGCACCUAGUAGAUCAAAAGCUGGUGGUCCAUUCAUCGACCCGGACCCGGAGGAAGUUGUGACGGAUUUGGGGUCCACUCAUCGUCUGCUAGUGAACAAGUAUGGUAUCUUUCGACCAAUGACUGUUAUACCUACCAGGCAUUAUGCGCUACAGACCGAUGACUUGGACUUGUCGGAUAUCGACGCAGCUUGGUCUGUCUUGAAGGCGUUCCACACUCCAUCUCUGAUCAUCUACAAUUGCGGUAUCAACGCUGGAUCGUCACAAGGCCACAAACAUACUCAAGUCUUCCCGCUGCCCAGUCACAUGCUGUGGCCUUCCAAGGCCGACUCGUACCAUGAUGUAUCCACCAAGCUAGAGCAUGUACCUUUCAAGCAUUUCGUGCUACGCCUUCCGAGUGGCACUGACACGAUGAGCGCGUAUGAGACAUAUCUUCAGCUCCUCCGACUAUCCCAGGCUGCACUGGCAACGUCCGGGGAAGGCAGUAGAGAUUACAAUGUGGCCAUGACAGCAGACUGGAUCGCGGUUAUACCUCGUCGAACUAGUGAUGGUCCUUAUGGAGCAAACGCUGCUGCUAUGCUGGGUAUAGUGUAUGUACCCGACCAGGAGGAACGUGACAAGUGGACGGAUGCAGGCUACACAAAACAGCUCGUGGCCUUCGGAAUACCCAUUGACGCUUGA